AUAUUAUUGAUUAUAGAUUAUAAAUAGAUAGGUAGAUUAUAGAUAGAAUCAUUUUUGUAUCCUCUUUUUUUUGCUACAAUUUUUCUGGGAUUUUAUUCAAAAUCUUUCACUCUCUAUCGUCUUUUUGAAUCGUUUGUAUUAGGGUUUUAAACAAUUAUUCAAUUUUACAAUUGUUCGUCGCAGUUCGUUGAUAUUCUGCAAUAAUAAUCAAUCAUCUCAUAGCUAACAAUGCUUCCUCUGUCACUAUUGAAGACUGCGCAAGGCCACCCUAUGUUGGUGGAAUUGAAGAAUGGGGAGACUUAUAAUGGACAUUUGGUUAAUUGUGAUACCUGGAUGAACAUUCAUCUCCGUGAAGUUAUUUGUACCUCUAAGGAUGGAGACAGGUUCUGGAGGAUGCCUGAAUGUUAUAUUAGGGGGAAUACUAUCAAGUAUCUUCGAGUUCCGGAUGAGGUCAUUGAUAAAGUCCAGGAAGAGAAGAGUCGCACAGAUAGGAAGCCUCCCAGUGUAGGGCGUGGGAGAGGAAGAGGUAGAGAAGAUGGCUCUGGGCGGCAGACCAAAGGCAUUGGACGUGGUAUGGAUGAUGGCGGUAAAGGUGUUGGAGGUAGAGGUCGUGGUGGUCCUGGUGGGAAGCCUGCUGGGAAAGCUGGAGGCCGAGGUCGAUGAAAUAUUUCUAGGCUUGGUUACACUCAUAUUGCGGUGGUGUUUGCUGCUUUAGAUGCAUUUGCCACUGGUUUCGGAUUCAAGUUCCCGAACAAUCUGCAUGAUCGGGAAGACGUGAUUUUCAAAAAGAAUCAUAGCAUGUGAAUCAGGUUUAUGGAUUUAAGUUAUCUAGUAAGGUGAUGUAAUGCAUUCUUCGGUAGGUUACAAUAGUUUGAGUUGUCCUCUCGUUAGUUGCUAUUGGCCGAUGCGUCAUCUUCACUCGACCAUCUAAACUGCUCAAAAACCGCUUGAAAUUAAGGCCUUAAAGCUAGUUGCAUAUGCAGCAAUACAUUUGAUUUAUGCAUAUGAAAUUAAGCAUAUAAGUAGUGUUUUUUUUAGUAAAAUUAGUAAGUUAUCUAUUUACAUAUGCCAUUGUGAGUUUUGACACUUUAAUAUGAAAAGAACUUGACAUGAAUGAUUAGAGCCAACCUACCUUCGAGGAAAAGUCUUUGUAUAAAUUUAGUCUACACUAAAAUAUUGUACGUGUUUCCAUUCAUAGAGUAGAAACGAGUGAAAAUGAUAAUAUUAAGAACAUUGUACAAUAUUAUCUUGUGAACUAAGUCUAUAUAAAACUUACUCCCUUUCUAUAAGAUUGUACUAUUCAAUUA